CCCCAGGUGCCCCACAAUCUCCAGCUCUAGAUAUCAAGACGGGACAACUCGAGAGAGAGGGUUUUCAAUCUGGUAACGGCAGAUUCCGCAGGAAACAGCCUCUCCAAUCUUCCGCCGGAGGACUGCGGAGACUUCGCGAUACCUCAGACGUUACGAGAACUUGCGGACGCGAGUGUACUGUACAAGAUAGCGAGACACCCGGAUACAGGACCCGCCCAAACACAUAACCUCCACUGAUCGACCCGCGCCGGUAUCGGGGCGAGUGUGUGCCGGUAUUCGGUCAGGCGUUCCGCCGUUGUACGAUACGACAACCCUCUACGAUACUCGUGUGCUGCGAGUGGGCAAGGAAGGAAAUUACCCGCACACCACCACUACCAACACCCUCCCGAGACCGCCUCCCCCGGCUAUACCCCCAGCACUCUUCCUAGUUCCACCACCGCCUACCGCCCUAGCCCCCGCCUUCCUUCCUCCCCUCGCCACCACACGAUAAUCGUUCAAACAGCUCUUGUAGUUAGAGAGCCAUUAUUCCGCUUUAUCGUCAGUCAUCCCACUUGCUCUUCCCCGACUCGCAAUACCUACAACCCCCACCUACCGUUAAUCCUUCACGCUCCCAGUAUCUCCAGCCUCUCUUGCUAAACCCAUUUCCAGCUCACCACUCUCCAUCCGUUCAAAGAUGUCUAAGAAUCCGGGCCCCGCUCAGCCGGCGCUGUCGACUGCAACCAAUGUUAUAAUGAUUGACAACUACGAUUCCUUUACUUGGAACAUUUACCAAUUCCUCACCCUGGAAGGAGCCAAGGUUACGGUUUACAGGAAUGAUAAGAUCACUUUACCCGAAUUGGUUGCCCUAAAUCCAACUCAGAUUGUUAUUAGUCCGGGCCCCGGCCAUCCGAUCACGGAUUCGGGUGUCAGCAUUGAAUGUGUUAAACACUUUGCUGGAAAGAUACCCAUUCUUGGAGUCUGCAUGGGCCAGUAGGUCACUCGCUCUUUGGCUCCUGCUCUUACGAGCAGAGCCCCCCCAAACUAUUGUGUCCCUGCUAAUCAAUUUUCUGCAGGCAAGUAAUCUUUAGCGCUUUUGGUGGCGCUGUCGAGUACGCCGGCGAAGUUGUACACGGAAAAACGUCGCUAAUAAAACACGAUGCAAAGGGAAUCUUCCGGAACAUUCCGCAAGACAUUUCGGUAACCCGAUACCACUCCCUAGCUGGAACUCACGCUACGCUCCCGGCAGACCUGGAGAUUACAUCCUGGACCGACCGGGAUGUUAUUAUGGGAAUUCGCCAUAAAGAGUAUGCCAUUGAGGCCGUACAAUACCACCCCGAGAGCAUUCUUACGGAAGAGGGACGAAUGAUGUUCAGAAACUUCUUGGUGCUGACUGCCGGUACCUGGAAGGGGUGUGAAGUCCCUCCGAAUACUGGCUCUUCAGAAAACAGGGCUCUGGAUCCGAACGGUGUUGCGAAGUCGGAAUCGAUACUUGACAAAAUCUAUGCCCAUCGCCGCGCCGCUGUAGUGGCCCAGAAGCUUUUGCCAUCCCAGCGGCCGGCGGACCUGGAGGUUCUACAUUCACUAUCGAUAAGCCCACCCUUGAUUGACUUCCCAACCCGCCUCCGCGCGGUAUCAACUCCAUGUGCGCUGAUGGCUGAGAUCAAGCGCGCUUCGCCCUCGAAAGGCCUCAUAGAUAUAGACGCAUCCGCUGCAGUACAGGCCCGUACAUAUGCACUCGCCGGUGCUGCAACAAUCUCCGUGCUCACUGAACCUGAAUGGUUCAAAGGCAGUAUUGAUGACCUACGUGCAGCAAGGCAGGCGGUGGACGGGAUGCCUAAUCGUCCGGCAAUCCUUCGAAAGGAGUUCAUUUUUGAUGAAUAUCAAAUCUUGGAGGCGAGACUAGCGGGAGCCGAUACAGUAUUGCUCAUUGUCAAGAUGUUGGGCGACGAAGAGCUGAAGAGGUUAUACGACUAUUCUAAAUCGCUAGGGAUGGAGCCUCUGGUAGAGGUGAACAGUCGGGGGGAGAUGGAGAGGGCUCUAAAAGUCGGGUCUACAGUCAUUGGAGUCAACAACCGGGAUUUACAUUCCUUCAAAGUCGACCUCGAGACGACAAGUGGAUUGGUGGGGAUGAUUGAUAAGGAAAAGGUUGUUCUCUGUGCCCUCAGCGGUAUAUCCGCCCGAGAGGACGUCAAGAGAUACGAGAAUGAAGGUGUUGGAGCAGUUCUUGUCGGAGAGGCGUUGAUGCGAGCUGGGGAAAAUGUGAAAGCCUUCAUCAGCGAGCUCCUAAACGACUCGCCCUCCCCAACAGGUACUCCCUACGGGCAUGGGAUCCUUGUCAAGAUUUGCGGCACCCGCUCCGUCGAAGCUGCAAAAGUAGCUGUAGAAUCCGGUGCAGACAUGAUCGGAAUGAUCCUCGCGGAAGGCACAAAGCGAACCAUCGACCUCGAAACCGCUAAAGCCAUCUCCGACGUCGUCCACUCAACCCCCAAGGGCGGAGUCCCCGAUACCCCCAUCGACCCCAAAUCUACAGCCAGCACCCCACAGCCACGCCCAAAGAUCUCAGCUGAAGGCUGGUUCGAGCACUCUGUCAAAAACCUCAUUCACCACCCAAAACGCUCCCUCCUCGUCGGUGUCUUCCGAAAUCAAUCAUUCCCAACAGUUUUGGCCCUCCAGCAAGCACUAGCACUAGACAUCAUCCAACUCCACGGCUCCGAGCCCCUAGAGUGGGCUCGCCUCCUGCCAGUCCCUGUCAUUCGCCGCUUCUCGCCAGGCGAAGACGGCCUUAACAAAUCCGGUUACCACGCAAUCCCACUUCUAGACUCUGGCACCGGCGGUACAGGAGAGCGUGUAGACCUCGGUGAAGUUGAGGACGUCCUUGUGGCGGGGAUUCCAGUCAUGCUAGCCGGCGGCCUCGACUGUCAUAAUGUGGAGGAGGUCAGAACCGGAGGACUGCUCGAAAAGGGCAUUAUCGGCGUGGACGUUAGCAGUGGAGUUGAAACGGAUGGGAGACAAGACCUUAUGAAAAUUAGGAGGUUCGUGUACAGGGCGAAGGGGAGGGCUUGAUCUCACUUCUUCCCCUUCGUCGCCUUGCUGCGUUGAUCUUGUGCUCCGAUUUCUCAAUAUAAUACCUUUGACCAUCGUGGGAGAGUUUUGUGGAAGCUGGGACAUCUAUAUAUACUGCUAGUGCAAGUGCCAUAGCGCGUGAAUCUCACGCCAUUGUGGGUUUAUCGGGGCGAGAUCCCUCUGCCCCACUUUAGUGACAGCCAUUCUGUUCAAGGAGUGAGGAGUUAAAUAGAUCUAAGAGCUACACGGUUUACAAACGAAGCAAUGAAGUAUGUCCAAUUCGCCCACUCUCCCAAAACACUAUCUCGCGAGCGCCAUCGGUCCCUUAACUUAUAUAUCCCCGCGCCAUUCGCCAGAACAGAACUAAUAGAGGUUGUUCAGUAACCAGACAGGAGCCAAAACAUAGCAAAAGUGGCGGUUUUCGAGCUAUCAUUACGCAACCACCAUGGGCAGAAGCAACAUAG